AUGACUUCUCGCCUGCCAGACGAAACUUUUGUCGCAAUCUGUGGAUUUGGCAUCCUCAAUAGAGAUGACCUAGAAAACGUUAUGCUGGUGUCGAAGCGGUUUAAUCGCAUCGCAUGGAGCGAAGUCUGCCCAGACCUCUACAGCGAAAUCUCUAUCGAGAGUCCACGACUACUUCAUCGACUGCUUCGAUCAGUCAUACGGAACCCGUCUCUCGGUCCUUUGAUCAAACAAAUCAUCCUGGAUUGGUCAAAUGAAGAGGAUAGCCCGCAAGUUUGCGAAGGCAGUAUGGAGCUUUUAGAACAAGUAGAGGCCGCCAAAUUGCUUCUUCCACCAGUUGUAGCCGACCAUCCUACUGGCCAGUCAGCUCCCGCUGCACAGGCGCUGCUGCUUCUGGCACUCCUUCCAACGCUACGCCUAUUGGCGGGCACAUCUCUCCGUCCCUCGUCGUUUACCGAAGACCAGGAUAAGGGAAUACAGGUGAAGGCCGAAGGAGAUUCGUAUGACCCUUGA